AUGAAGCCCAUUAUCGGCAUCCUUGCGGUCGCUGGCCUUGUCUACCGAGCUUGGGCUCGGAAGUCGCUCACCCCACUGGGCCUCGUCGUCGCUGGGGCGUCAGCGACCGCGCAUGUCCUCCACCCGUGGUCAACACCUUUUGCACUCCUCGCGGUUUUCUACUAUGGUGGAACUAAAGUCACAAGGGUCAAACACGACAUCAAAGCACAGAAGACCCUCUCCGCGACAGGCGCGGAGGGGGGCGAGGGGCCUCGCAACCACAUCCAAGUCCUCGCAAACUCAGUUGUCGCGACUGUCCUGAGUGUCGCGCAUGCUGUCGUUCUAUCCAAGAACUCCACCACAGAUUCCUGCUUCUCUCUUGGCCAGAGCCCCGCCGACAUUCUUAUGGUCGGGAUCGUUGCCAACUACGCUGCCGUCGCCGCCGAUACUUUCUCCUCCGAACUCGGAAUCCUGUCUAAAUCGAAACCACGUCUUAUUACAUCCCUCACCCUCCGCGAAGUCCCCUCGGGUACAAAUGGUGGUGUCACCGCUGCUGGUCUUGGUGCUGGCCUACUAGGGUCAUUCACGAUCGCCUUGACAUCCGCACUCGUUCUUCCGUUCUGCCAAAGCAAGUCUGGCAUCCAAGAUCGCGCCCUGUGGACUGUCGCCAUGACAUUCUGGGGUCUUCUUGGAAGUGUUCUGGACAGUGUGUUGGGCGGUUUGUUGCAGGCUAGCGUGGUGGAUAAACGGAGCGGCAAGGUUGUGGAAGGUAGUGGUGGCCGAAAGGUCCUCAUCCAUCCUGGUUCCACGAAGCCAGGAAGCACAUCUGGAAACGCGUCCUCGGCUGAAUCCUCGGGCAGAACUGACCUCCGCAGCACCGAGGCCGUCGCCAAUGCGGCCACUUUGCGAGGGAGCCGUGCCACAGGCACCUCUGCAGGGACACAUACCGGCCGUCCUCACGACGAGAGCCAUGAGAGCCGGCGCGUUGAAACCGGUCAUGACUGGCUGGACAACAAUGGCGUGAAUCUACUUAUGGCCUUUCUCAUGAGCGUGGGGGCGAUGGGUAUCUCACAGUGGGCUUGGGGAGUCGAUUUGCGGGAGCUGUGGGCUUAG